AUGACUAUGCAUUACGAUAAGGUACACAGUUCAACUUGGAAUCGGAAAAAUGCGGUUACUGGGCCUGUUCAGCAAUUGACUGUUGGUCGUUAUAAAUUCCAUAGCUACAUUCAGGUUUGCUUUCCAGAUUCAACAGAUGCAGAUAUCUUUAAUGCGUUGGCAUCUGUAGCUUCAGAUACGCCAUAUUCAUCCGAUGAUCAGCCAGCACAACAUCCAACUCCAACCGUACGUUCCAUUUCCACAUCGACAAUAUUUGUGUUGCUCCAUAUUGCUGAGGAGAUCAGACAGAUACUAAUUUCUUACAAAAACAGCCCCAGGCGCAAGGGCAACAAUCCCAAGAAGCGCGAGCUUCUCAGAAACAUGAUUCUUUAA